AUGAUUUGGGCUACAUGUGGGGCCAGAAAUCUGGCGGUUUCCACAGCGGCAACCAGGGCUGUGCGGCGGUUCUUUGCACCUGCCACCAGCGCAACCCCACUCGUAACAGUUUCUGCGUUGGACGGCCGAAAAGAGUUGUUUGUCGACGAUCCUAGUCAGGUGGCGGAAUUAACACAGUACAUUAGGGCAUCCAAAACGGUGGGCAUCGAUACCGAGUUUAUCGCCCAUCCUUUCUACGCACCCAAAUUAGAAGUUGUUCAGAUUUCCACGCCAGAUAUCUUAGCCGUGGUGGAUUAUCAAAAGGUAAAGAAUGCUGGGCUUCGCGAGAUACAUCAGGCAUGGAAGGAUAAAGAAUGUAUAUUCCACUCAGGAGGCUAUGACCUCAAACUAAUAGGUCACCUCUGCGACACACUGCCCGACAAUAUAUUUGACACACAAGAGGCUGCCAGUUAUGCUGGCUUGGGUCCUAUGCUCGGUUUGAAAGCUGUAGUGGAAGCGUGCAUACCAAGCAUAGAGAUGGACAAGUCAAUGACACUCUCCAACUGGUCGCACAGACCGCUGACCAAAGACCAAAUAAAGUACGCGGCCGAUGAUGUGCGUUACCUGCAAGAGACGCGUGAAGUGUUAAUUGAGAAACUCGAAGCUCUGGGCCGUUUGGAGAUGUUUAGGAAGGAGAUGAAGCUGAAGUCCGACCCUAAAACCUACGCGCCACCUGACCCGUCAACUUUGUGGGAAACUGUGCGUAAAACUCGGAAGAUGGAAGGCAGGGACUUGGCUAUUUUGCGCGAGUUGGCCAUUCUGCGUGACAGAAUCGCGAGAGAAAACAACAAAUCGCCAGAAUUUUUUAUGCGCGAUGACGUCAUGGCGGGAAUUGUGCAUGUGGUCCCCACGAGCCAUGGCGAUCUGUAUGGUAUACAGGGAGUGAGUGCAGGGAGUGUGGGCUUGUUUGGCAAUCUUAUAAUUGAGGCUGUACAGAAGGGUGUGGACACGGCAGAGGCUGACUGGCCCGUGCGUGAUCCGCUUAUGUCGUCUGCGGAGGAGAAACACCGACAGCUACACAGUCUGAUGAGUGCAUGGAUACAGUCGUACUGUUUAUAUGAGCUCAAAAUUGGCGAUGAUUUGGUGAAUCCACGAAGGUCGGAUGAUCUCAUGGCUCUCAUCUUAACCCCCGAUGAGAAGUUGGAUGCAUUGAAGGAAAAUAGGUUCAUGAGUGGAUGGAGGCGCGAGUAUUUCUUGGACAAAUUAUUGGCGAUCAAGAAUGGUACUAAAAAAUUGCAAUUCAAUCCGGAAAGUGGACUGGUGGAGUUGGUUUGAUGCCAAGCGGUGAAGAACUUGGCGCCUCAUAUAAAUAUUAAAAAAAUGUUGUCAUCAAACAUGUCGCCGAUCGUAUCUGAUUUUGAUUUUUGAUUUUUAGAGUACCAAACUCGAAAAAAAUAAAAUUCAGUACACAAGGACCAAGGUGGCAGGCGUCAUGGUAGCGGGGAAAUAUUUAGCCGAUAUUGAGCAGAUCUCCGAGAUAACCGAGCUAUAAUUAGAAUAAAAUCAGUCAAAAAG